UGCGCACGCGCAGACCGGACAGGGAAGUAUGCUGGUAAGAUGGCGACGCCGUGGGGAGGAGGCGAGGACACUUUAACUGCUUGCAAUAUGGAUUUUUUCCCUUUCGACACACUAGACGAGGCAAUUGGGAUGAGCCCAGGAGAGACUCUGGAGGCCAUUCCAAGCUGCUUAGACUCCUCUCUAGUUUCCAUCUUCAAGGACACACCAGCAGUAGAGGCUAAAGGGCUGGAUGAGGAGAGUGAGGCGAUGCUGCUAACAGCCCUGACAGAGAUGCUUGAUAACGUGGAUGAAGAGAACAUAUCUCCCUUUGACACACUGCCUGACUCAGACCUGCUGUCAGGACACAAGGGCAGGGAACACUCUCCGCUUCAGCGAUUGCUGUGCCUGUCCCGUUCCCCUCCAGAGAAAAACACGCUCAGUAGCACAAAGUCACAGUCAGUUGGAACGAACCUCCCCAGGAUAAAGGCAGAUGUUAUGCAAAGAAGUGAUGGAGAAGAGGAGGAGGAGGAAGGCUUCCCUAAUCUAAGCUUAGCGACGCAACAUUCGUCUCCUGAUGACAACUUGCUAGGCAGUGAAGACUUGAGCUUUCCUCUUCCUGUCACCUUUGAGCAGGAGAGAGAUGUUUCUGUCAGCUUGAGGGACCUGGUCAGACAUAUGCACUCGUAUUGUAUGACCGUCUACGUAGAUGAUGAGGAAAGGGAGCAGCUGUUGCCGGAAGGGGGGAUCUUGCUCGAGGUUGUGGACCAGAGAGAAAAUGGAGAGACCAUCCUGGCCAUCCCAGACCUUGAUCUCUCUGUACCUCCACCGCUUAUAGAGGUUACCUCAAAAAAUAAGCAGGAAGGUUUACAUGAAGUGGACGAAGGGGUGUCUGACAGUUCCGAGCAUAUAGUUGUUGAUGAUGAAGAUCCCACAAUGAGUGAGUCUCCAGUGAAUCCUCCUGCUCCUGUGGCACCGCUGUUAUGUUCUGAUGUAAAGGAUAAUACCAUCAUUAAAAGAAAAAUGAAAACCCCCUCAUGUAGAAAACGGAAAAAGAAAUGCAAGAAAUUAAAUCAGCCCAAACCUGUUGCAGGUAAGACCAUCCAGAGUGUCUCUGUAAAGACUAAUGUGCAGGAGUCGCCCAUUAAACCUGAAAAAGGGUCCAUCAAUGAAAAAGAAGACAAAGAUUCACUGCCAUCUGUUAGUUCUGCUGAAUGCCCUUCAAUCCAUAAAAUAAGUCCAUGUGAAACUGAAAUACAAGUUGGAAGCAUCACUACAACACUAUCCCCUGAAGCAGAUGUAAAAGUUGCAACUCCGGUGGCAUCCAGACCAGAAACUAAUGCAUUAAAUGUGAGCAGUGAGCUUCACAGUCAGCCCACAAGGUUAAAUUUCCUAAAGCCAGAAAAACCACCUCAACAUUUGGCCUCAGAAUCUGAGAAGCAGGUGCACUCAUCAGCAGCUCCCUCUGCUGUCCUAUCUGCCACCCUGGUAGCUUCUGGGGCUUCAAGUCGCCAUACCGCUCCUCUUAAUGGUGUUGCAUCACAGACACAGUCCCACAAUGAUAUCCCAUCUGCAGCUCCUUCCCUUCUGGAACCAAAGUCCAAAUCCCUCAGUCUUGAAGAAUACCGUCGGCUCAGAGAACAGAAGAAGCCUGCUCUGGUAGUAAAACAACAAGACUACAGCAGCAAGUGGCCCAGUCUUCCAGAGCUUCCGAAAGAGCUUACCCCUAUCCCUAUCUUGCCCGACACCGCCCCCAAAGAUUUUCGGUGCACACUUGCCCAGAUGGCGAAGAAGGAAGUGGAGGAGGUCAAACCGGCUUGGCAGCCAAGGGGACCAGGUGCACCACCCACCCCUGAGGCACUGUUGGUGCCACCAGCCUACAUAGUUGCCCCCUCCAGCAAGGUUUCUACUGCUGCCUCUUUUCCAAAAGCCCAGCAAACAUCUGAACCUCCUAAGCCUUCUCUAGCCCACAAUCCUUUAUCUGCUGUCAGUAAAUCUGUGGAGAGUUCACCUACACAGCAGCAGGCCUGUGCCACAUCUGCAGGAACUCUUAUGUCUCACAGCUCCAUGCCACAACUUUCUUCAAACCCUGCCGUGCGUAUUCUGCAAGCAGCAGAUGGAACGUGUUCUUCUUCAGGAGACAAAGGUAGAGUCUGUGAGAAGCUCUACUUUCAGUUGGUAAAUCUCAGUAAAAGCUGUUCUAAAACCACUACAGAGGGGGUCCAAAGUCUUAUUGCUACUGUAAGUGCCUCCCUAAAGGCUGCUGCUCCCCAGACGGGGCCUGAGGUCGCUGCUCCUAUCUCAUUAAACAACACUGGCAAACCCAUGACUGUUGGCACCCAUGCCUGUGCUCCUGCUUCUCCUUCCAUGGAGUUGCAGAGUGUUAAGGCAGUCUCCACUUUGUCUGAAGCUAAAGAGAAGCCCACAGUUGCAGUAGAACACCAAAGGCCAAAGAGUCCCACACAGGAACUGAUUGAAGCUUUCACCAGUGAGAUUGGAAUCAAAGCUGCAGAUCUGACCAGUUUAUUGGAGCAGUUUGAAAAUACACAAGCCAAAAAGAAACAUUGUGUGCCAGAGGUCUAUGGUAGAGCAGCAGCUGUAGGAAACUCUGGUGUUGAAUUGGCUAAAGAGAAAACGGCUGUUGAGCGAUUGAAAGGUCUCUCCAGUUGUGCAGAUUUGACUCCUCCAGCUACUCCUCCUCACCAGAUGUGGAAGCCUCUUGCCCCUUUGGGCCUGUUGGGGAAGACUAGGGCUGCUGUGGUCUCCAAGCAAAGUCCUAGAAAAGUUAUCCAGAUAGAAGCACGGCCCCUGCCCUCAAUCAGGUCCCGACCUAUACCUACUUCUGCUGCUGCAUCUGUAUCACUUCGCCUGGCAUGCAUGGACCAUGAUUAUUGCCUACCUAACAAAGAAGGUUCCAACGAGCCAGAUGACCACUGGAAUGUCAAACAGCAAAAUAUAAUUGCCAACAAACCCAUUAAGGAACCUACUGCAACCACUACACCACCAAUCCCAGUUUCCUCUGCAUCUUUUGUCCAUUCUCCCACAAAUACUGUGUCUAUAAAAAAACAAGAACUUCAUCAAACAGAGCCUCUGGAUCACAGGACUAAUGGAACGAAGACUAGCUCUGUUCUAGAGACACCUGAUGCUUCUCCAGCUCGGCAGGAGGCUAAUGUUCCUGUCAAAGAGAGAAGCCCCAGGGGAGGGCCUUUUGAUAGGUCCUACCGUCGGCAUGCUGCUUCCCGCACACCCAGCCCUGAAUUUACUUCCAAAGAGAAGAGAAGAGGUCGUCAAAGAAGGAGAAUAUCCCAUAAUUCUCGUAGCUCCAUGUCCAGCGAUUCGGAGUCAGAUUCCCAUUCCUCUCGAUCUAGCUCUAGAUCUUGCUCUCCAGCUAAGAAAAGGUAUCGGCAUAGUCGAUCUGAAAGUAGUUCCAGCUCAUCAUCAUGGUCCUCUUCCCUGUCCUCUCGGUCUACCUCUCGCUCCCCUCGCAGGAGGAGGAGGUACUCUUAUUCUUCCUCUGGCUCUUGGAGUCGGUCUCGAUCAUGGUCUCGCUCCCCUCAGAGACGAGGGUAUUGGAGGAGAAGUAGAAGAUUGUACAGUCCUUCAUACAGGCCAGGUUGUAGUUACAGUGCAAAGAAAAAUACUGAGGACGUGCAGAGACGCAAGGAGAAGGCUAUUGAGGAGCGCAGGGUUGUGUACGUUGGCCGAAUUCGGAGCACAAUGAGCCAAAGGGAACUUGAGGAGCGGUUCUCUUUAUUUGGAGAUGUUGAGGACUGCACCCUGCACUUUAGAGACCAUGGGGACAACUAUGGGUUUGUGACUUACUACAACUCCCAGGAUGCCUUUGCAGCCAUCGACAAUGGCAGCAAGCUGCGUAAGCCUGAUGAGUUGCCAUUUGAGCUCUGCUUUGGUGGAAGAAGACAGUUCUGCCAGACCAGCUAUUCUGACCUGGAUUCAAGUAGAGACUAUGAUCCGUUGCCUUCAGGAGGCAAGUUUGAUGCACUAGACUUUGACACUUUACUGACACAGGCCCAGAAGAAUCUGAGGAGGUAAUGAAAGGCCUGCUGCAGGAGGCAGUGGACACAUCUCACAUCUGAAGUUGUGCUCCUCAUCAGCAACAUGGUCUUUUAGUCUUAAUUAUUGAGUUAGAUUUUUUUUUUUCCCCUGCAAGCUAACACCUUCUAUUGAAGUGAAGAUUUGUUAUGAAACUAUUAAAAACUAAAAAAAA